AUGGUCGAAUCAGUCACCACAGAAAGCAUGGAAAAGAAAGCAGAGCUUGCCCAGGAGGGCAUCAAUGUUCGCGAUUUUGCUGAAGAAGCGAUUGAAAGGGAGGAAGUAGAGAGGAAUCAUCGUGCGGACGAGGACCAGGGCCUUCGCUGUGAGAGAGGGGAGGAUGAGCACGAGAAGAGGGUACAUGAGACCGUGGAGAGGGAGCUGGAGGCAGAUGAGAAUGAAGCCAAACGUUUGAAGCAGGACUAA